UCUGCGCUCCCCCAUUCCCAUUCCCCUUUGGCUUCUUCUAUGGCUGCUAAUGCAAGGCCUAAAACCCACUUGGCCCUCUUCUUCAUCAGCAUUUUUAUUUGUUUCUUUCAUGGCAAGUCAUCGUCGUGGCUCAACGGUGAAGAGACUGAAGACGUUGUUAUGGUGCAAACCAGGCGUCAGGAAUCGCCUGGGAGAUGUGAUUUCUCUGUUGGGAAAUGGGUUUAUGAUCAAUCAUAUCCCUUGUAUGAUUCAAACUGCCCCUAUCUUAGUACUGCAGUAACUUGUCAAAGAAAUGGAAGGCCCGAUUCUGGCUACGAGAAGUGGAAAUGGAAGCCAAAUGGUUGUUCUCUUCCAAGGUUUGAUGCACUGAAAUUUCUUGGAAAGAUGAGAAGGAAAAGAAUAAUGCUCGUAGGUGAUUCCAUUAUGAGGAAUCAAUGGGAGAGUCUAGUCUGCCUAGUGCAGGGAGUCAUACCCACGGGCCAUAAAAAGGUGACCUACAGUGGUCUUUCCAUGGCCUUCCUUGCCUUGGAUUUUGAGACAUCAAUUGAGUUUUCUUGGGCUCCACUGCUUGUGGAACUGAAGAAAGGACCUCAAAACAAGAGAGUCUUGCACUUGGAUUUGAUUGAGGAGAAUGCAAGAUAUUGGAGAGGAGUCGAUGUUCUUGUGUUUGACUCUGCACACUGGUGGACUCAUUCUGACCAAUGGAGUUCGUGGGAUUAUUACAUGGAGGGAAAAUCACUGUAUAAGAGCAUGAACCCAAUGAUUGCAUACCAGAAAGGACUCAAUACAUGGGCAAAGUGGGUAGAUUUGAAUCUUGACCCUCGGAAGACCAGAGUUAUCUUCAGAAGCAUGUCUCCUAGGCAUAACAGAGAAAAUGGUUGGAAAUGCUAUAACCAGAAAAGUCCCCUUGCAUUUUUCAGUCACCCACAUGUUCCUGAGCAGCUGCUAGUGCUGCAAGGGGUAUUAAGAAGAAUGAGAUUUCCAGUAUAUCUACAUGACAUUACAACAAUGUCAGCUUUCCGGAGAGAUGGACAUCCUUCUGUCUACAGAAGGGCUUUGAACCAAGCAGAUAGGCAGCACCCAAGAGAAUUUUCCUCUGACUGUAGCCACUGGUGCCUCCCUGGAGUGCCUGAUAUUUGGAAUGAGAUGUUGAGUGCACUGCUCUAAGAAAAUCAUACAGCGUUCUACCAAAAUGUAGGCUUUGUACCCUCAUCAGGAUAGAGUAGUAAUCGUCUGUGUGCUGGUUGUUGUAUGAAAAUGUUAAAGAGAGAAUGAUGGUAUGUUUGGCAUGUUCAAUUUUCAACAUCCCUCUACUUCUUGUGUGUUAAGUGUCCAAGUUGCUUCAGGUAGGAUUAGAUAAUGCUCUGUGCAGAUUUUGGUCUUUUUUUCCCUGCUAAGUUAUGUGUUUCUAGUAGAACAUGGCAAUACUGAACACCA